UGAAGUAUUGAAAAUAUGAACUAUGAAAGCUUAGUUCAAUAUUUGUGCGGCUUUUGGUAGCGACUUGCAUCUAUUAUCAAUUUGUUUUCUUUAAGUGUUAAAUCAGAUAAAGACUUUUAUUCCAAUUGGAUGUUUAAUUAGUGACCGGCGCAUUGUAACUAAAAAUCGAAAGUGCAUGAUGGCACCUGGUAUUAUGCGGGUCUUUUUAUUAAGCUUCUUGGUAGUCUCUGGCUCGCUGCAAGUUACGGCCGAUGUCGACGAUGCCGAAGAUGGAGUAACUGUUGAGACGGAAGAGGAAAUCUACCAAAGUCCUAAGGCCGAUCCCAAGAAGGUGUAUCUGGCGGAGAACUUUGAUGAUGUGGCAUCGUUCAAGAAGAAGUGGAUUAAGUCUGAAGCAAAGAAACAGGGUGUGGACGAAGAUAUCGCCAAAUAUGAUGGGAAAUGGGAGAUACAAAUACCAACAAGAAAAAUAUUCAAUAGCGACUCAGGGUUGGUGCUGACUACGGAAGCUAAGCAUGCAGCUAUAUCAACACUGCUCGACCGGCCGUUCGAGUUCAAAGACAAACCACUCAUUGUACAAUACGAAGUGACUAUGCAGGAGGGUCAAAAUUGUGGUGGUGCUUACCUAAAACUUCUAUCACGCGGAGUGACCACGAAAGCAGACCUCAAACAGUUCCACGACCAGACUGCGUACACCAUCAUGUUUGGGCCCGACAAAUGUGGCAACGACAACAAACUGCACUUCAUCUUCAGACACAAAAACCCCAAGAAUGGGACCAUCGAAGAAAAACACUGCAAGAAACCAACCCAACGUCUUGAAGACAUCUACAAAGACAAGGAGCCUCACCUGUACACUCUGAUAGUGCGGCCAGACAACACAUUCUCAGUGCUCGUCGACAACAAGGAGUUCAACGCCGGUUCGUUGCUAGAAGACUUCACCCCACCCGUCAACCCCCCGGAGGAGGUGGACGAUCCCAACGACGAGAAGCCAGAGGACUGGGACGAGAGGGAGAAGAUCGUCGAUCCCUCAGCGAGUAAGCCAGAUGACUGGGAUGAGAGUGAGCCGGCACAGAUCAUAGACUUCAACGCUGUCAAGCCAGACGGCUGGUUGGAAGACGAGCCUGACAUGAUACCAGACCCGGAGGCCAAGAAACCUGCGGAUUGGGACGAGGAGAUGGACGGGGAGUGGGAGGCGCCUCUCGUGGAUAACCCUCGCUGUGCCUCCGCACCCGGCUGUGGAACCUGGGCGCCGCCCACCAUACCCAACCCUAAAUACAAGGGUAUCUGGCGGGCACCUCUCAUCCCCAACCCCAACUACAAGGGCAAGUGGAGUCCAAGACGGAUCCCCAACCCGGACUACUUCAACGACGAGCAUCCCUUCAGGAUGACGCCCAUUCACGCUGUUGGAUUUGAACUGUGGUCGAUGUCGCCCAUGCUCCUGUUCGACAACCUGAUCAUCACGGACGAUCCGGCGGUGGCGGAGGCCUGGGCCGCUCAGGGCUUCGCUCUCAAGAAACAGAGGAUAUCCAGUGAUUCGGAGUCCGUGGUGGAGCUCGUCCUGCGCUCGGUGGGUGACAGACCCUGGCUGUGGGGAGCCGCGCUUCUGGUUUCCUUCGCUGUGUUGGCCUUCGUCGCAUACAUGUGUUGUGGACCUCGAGUGGAUCCGGAAGCGGAUGUCAAGAAGACGGACGCGGUUGUAGAGGAUGAUCCUCAUCAAGAAGAAGUUGAAGAAACCAGUGAGAAGACGAGCAAAGCUGAUCUCGAAGGCCCCGAGCCUGAGGCUGACACCAGUGAUACCACACCCUUAGUGGACUCGGAAGCAGCCGGCGACGGACAGAGGAAGAGGAAACCACGCAAGGAGUGAGUGAGAUGCAACACAAUGUUAGAGUGAGACAGCUAUAUGGAGCUGGAGUCAAGGAACUUCUCAUUUAUACAUUAAAUUACUGUUCUGACCAUAACUAUUAUAAUUUUAUAAACAUAGAGUAUGUUAAUUUCAUGACCUCCGACCUCUGGGUAUUUAAAUGUUGGAUUGUUGUGAUGCCAAAGAAGUAUAAGGAAAGGUUUUAUUAUUAUUUGAACAAAUUGUAUUUGGUUAUGUUAGAUAUCACCUUAGCAUAAUAACCGUCGCUAGUGGAGGUUGCAGCUCGUGAGAUGUUUUUGUUUUGUAAGGUCUCCAUGCAUUUCACUUGACGGACUCACUGUAUAGUAUUGUGCGGGUCGUUUGGAGAGUAUAGUAAUAUAUGUUGUCAGUAAGCGGUAUCGGUGUGGUUUAUAUUAGAGAUAUGUAUGAAAGGACCAUUUUAAGUUAAUUUCUCUGGAUGUAUCGCUGUGUACAUUCUAAGUAUUGUUUCUCAGAUGUGACGGUGUACUGUUGUUUGUGUUAAAUGCAAGAAUAUACAUAUAACCGAUUAUAUAUAAGUUGUUUGUGAAUUAUUUGGUUUCAGAGUGAUACAAUUGCGAUUCAUUAGAUCAAGCUAAGGGCAAUAAUUUAAAUAUUAGAUUUAAUAUAUCAUUUUCUUAUUGAUAUACAUAUAUGUAUUGUGUUCCCCGGCAUUACAAUAUACUGAGGCAUCGGUAAUAGACUGUCAUUUACAUUGAAAAUAAAAUAAAUAUUUAUAA